AUGUUUGGGUCUCGAACUACAGCGACAGUGGCCAUUGUGUCGCUCGACACCUUCCAACACGAGUCGGAGUACCUCGAUAACUUUGUCGGGGGCAACUAUUUCGAAGCGCCUGUGACCCUCAGCGUGGAUUCGUUACCGCUGUUGUUGGACCAACGCUACGACCACGGCGUCGUGGUUCGCACAGACACCGUCAGCACCAUCCUCGACUCUAUACCGUGCGCCUUAUGGGGUCAUCCCUUUGUAUGGACCAAUGAUGCGCUUGCCUACGAUAGUACCGACGCAUUGGUUGCUUCUAUCGACUUGGCGGACAUAUCGUGUUUGUUGCCCGAGCUCACGAACACAUGCGGCGAAGACGGGUGCCACCAACACAUCCAAUUUGCCAGGGGGUAUUGCAGACUACAUGGCGGGAAGAAAUUGUGCAGCGAGCUUCGCUGUGCCAAACGUCCCCAGCGGGGCGGUCGCUGCUACAAUCACGGUGGCGGAACCCGAUGCAUCGCCCAUGGCUGCACCAAAGGCGCGCAAGCAAGAUCCUUGUGCAAAGCUCAUGGAGGCAAAAUCAAAUGCAGCGAAUCUGGCUGCCAGAAAACGUCCCAGGGCCACGGGUUGUGUCGAAGCCACGGCGGCGGAAAGCGAUGCAUAUUCCCACACUGUGAGAAAGGCGUCCAGCAAGGCUACUACUGCACCCCCCAUAUCCCGAAAUCACAGAAUAAACGUUCAUAAUCCAUAUGUUCAUUU